GCACGCGCCGGCUACAAGUUGCUUGAGCAUGCGCGGUUGUGUAAAAGAAGGAUUCAAAUAAACUCUAAAGACGAGGAUACGUUAUAUCUCCUUCUGUGCCUCUACUGGACAGAUCAGCUCAGCAGGAAGCCUCAUGCCAAUGCAAGUCUAUGGAGUGGGGUGUGGUGAGCAGGAGCUGAGGAGACGAGCACAAAGAGAUGCUACACAGCUACAGCUAGGAAGUUUAUAGGUCAGCACAAGUGCUCCAUUCACAAAAGUUCAGACUUCUUCAUUACAAGCGGAGGAACAACUGAAUACAAUGUUCUAAUCCCCCAGUGAAGAAGAAACUGUAAUCUCAAAUGUAUGUUUCCUGUAAAUAUCACUUAAAGUUCCUUCAGAUUUCAAACUUGGAGAAUUUAGAAAAUCGGAAUGAACACAUGACAUUCACAUAAUUGCAAAGAGCUUGAAGAUUGGAUCUCAUGUCUUUAUCUGGGGAAAUUGGUGAAUAUUUCCUAAUACAUAAUAUCCAAGUCUUAGUAUGGGCUUAUUUACAUUAUGAAGAUGGAAGGUGGUGGACUGAAGGUUCAGAGGCGGCCACCAGUAAGGAAAAGAAGUCUUCCUUCGGCAUAUAGUUGUUACACACCAGUUGGGAAGAAGCCAAGUGGAAGAGAGGAAAUGAAGAUAACAUCUGAAUCUCAUAACUUGGCUGAUUGUCCUAAAGCGAUGAAUACAUUGUGUUCUGACCAACAGGACUAUGGCAGCGAUGACGACAUGUUUGGAGAAUAUGACAGCUUUGCCGAGGACCCAUCCUUACUAGCCCAGAUAAAUUAUUUAGAGGAGAAGUGUACACGGGAGACUGCAGGCACUUUACCUGUUCUUACUCUGAAACCAGAACACUCUGAUCGGUUUGUGACUCCGGUCAAGCCCUCUAAGUCCACUGCUCCAGAAGAAGAGUUACCAAACCAAUCAAAGCUAAAUGUAGUACUUACAGGAGGAGAUCAUGACUCGAAACCUCUAACUGAGGACUUCUUUGAUGAUCUUCCUUGUUCACAGCUUUUCUAUGAAGAUGUUAAACAAAAUUCUAGUGCUGCAAAUGCUGAACAAAAGCUUAAUGUGAGCAGCAUUGAUCAAGUAGGUGUUUCAUACACAUCCAUUGCCUCUCAUACAAAUCGAAAAGAUGGGAAAAGGAAAAGUCUGCGGGACAGUCUCAAGAGCACAUUGGCUGGGAAUGCUAAAGUACAUACAGCGCAAAUCUCGAGGACUAUGCAAAUUAAAGAAACUGUUAUUAUGGAGGAACUUAAUGUUGCACAAAAGACUAUGGAAACCUCUUCUGAAAUUGACUUGGGUCCAUUUUAUGGUUUACCUAGCAAAGUCGCUGAUCUUAUUGAACAGUAUAGAGGCAUCAAGAAACUUUAUGACUGGCAGCAUACGUGCCUAACUUUGGAAUCCUUACGGCAGAGGAAGAACUUGAUUUAUUCCCUACCAACAAGUGGUGGCAAAACUCUUGUUGCAGAAAUUGUAAUACUUCAGGAACUUCUGUGCAGGAAAAAAGAUGUACUGAUGAUCUUACCAUAUGUGGCCAUUGUGCAGGAGAAGGUUCGUGGCUUGUCCAGUUUUGGAGUGGAGCUAGAGUUUUUGAUAGAGGAGUACGCUGGCAGUAAAGGAAGAUUUCCUCCAAUAAAAAGAAGAACGAAAAAAGCUCUGUACAUUGCAACCAUUGAAAAAGGUCACAGUCUUGUUAACUCCUUGAUUGAAACGGAGCGAAUUAGUGAUCUGGGCCUUGUAGUUGUUGAUGAGUUGCAUAUGCUCAGUGAGGGGAAUCGAGGUGCAAUUUUAGAAAUGACUCUUGCUAAGAUAAUGUACACAAGUGAAACCACACAGAUCAUUGGCAUGAGUGCAACAUUAAACAAUGUUGAUGAGCUACAACAAUUCCUUAAGGCAGAUUAUUAUACAGAUAACUUCAGACCCGUUGAAUUAAAGGAGUAUGUAAAAUUAAGAGACAGUAUAUAUGAAGUUGACAAUAAAGCAGAAAACAACUUCACAUUAUCACGGGUUCUAAACUACAAGUAUUCAAGUAACAUGCUUAGAAUAGAUCCGGAUCACAUCAUUGCUUUGGUGACUGAGGUCAUUCCAAGUUAUUCCUGUUUGGUCUUCUGCCCUACCAAAAAGAACUGUGAAAAUGUUGCAGAAAUGAUUUGCAAAUACCUCAAUAAGGCUUACUUGAGUCACAGAGAAGAAGAAAAGAAGGCUCUAGUUGAAGACUUGAAGAAUGCAGGAAAUGGAACCAUGUGCCCAGUUUUGAAGAGGACUAUUCCUUUCGGUAUUGCUUACCAUCACAGUGGACUGACUAGCGAUGAGAGGAAAAUGGUAGAAGAAGCGUAUUCUUUAGGAGUCCUGUGUCUCCUUACUUGCACGUCUACGUUAGCAGCCGGGGUCAAUUUACCUGCCAGAAGGGUCAUUUUGCGAGCACCUUAUGUAGCUAAGGAUUUCCUCAAGAGGGCCCAAUAUAAACAGAUGGUUGGCCGGGCUGGUCGAGCUGGUAUUGACAGUGCAGGGGAAAGUAUUCUUAUCCUACAGGAAAAAGACAAAGACCUGGCCAGAGAACUGGUUAGUAAACCACCAGAGAACUGUUACAGCAAUCUCAUGCAUGACUGUGGAAAAGGUUUACAAAGUUUGCUGCUUUCAUUAAUUGGGCUGAAGAUUGCAAAAACAGCAGAAGAGAUCUAUCAGUUUGGAUCGUAUACGUUAUUCAGUGUCCAACAUAAACAUCUGAGCAAAGAAAAGUCAUUAUGGGAUAUAAUAAAAGAAUCUUUGGAGUAUCUUUCAAGCAAAGGUCUUGUGUGCACUAAACAGUGCUCCGAAACAGAACAACUUAUGUUUGAGGUGUCAAGGCUGGGUCAAGCAACUUACAAAGGGUCGAUUGAUUUAUCCUACUGUGACGUGCUAUAUAGUGAUCUGAGAAAAGGGCUGGAAGGACUAGUACUUCAGAGCCAUCUUCAUCUUCUCUACCUUGUGACUCCUUAUGACAUGGUUACUCAGUACAGCCCAGACUGGAUGAUUUACUUCAGGCAGUUUAAUCUGCUUGACCCUGUGGAUCAGAAAGUGGCUGGAAGUGUAGGUGUACCAGAAAGUUUUCUCGCAAGAAAGGUAUCGGGGCAGAGUGUGAAGAAGAGUGCAGAGGAGCGAGUGGUGAAUCGGCUUUAUCUAUCCUUCAUUCUGCAUUUCCUAACAAAAGAGUUGGAUAUAUGGACAGUGUCUACAAAAUUCAAUAUGCCGCGAGGGUUUAUUCAGAAUCUUCUGAGCUCGGCUGCUUCUUUCUCUUCUUGCGUACUGCAUUUCUGUGAGGAACUGGAUGAAUUCUGGGCCUUUAAAGCUCUGCUUCUGGAAGUUACCAAGAAACUUAGUUAUUGUGUGAAAUCAGAGCUAAUACCCCUGAUGGAAGUGGCUGGUGUUUUGGAGGCCAGAGCCAGGCAACUUUACAAUGCAGGUUACACUACUCUUGGUCAUUUGGCCAAUGCUGAUCCACAAAUGAUGGUAAAAACCAUAGAACAUUUGUCAAAACGUCAGGCAAAUCAAAUAAUCAGCUCAGCCAAGAUGUUACUGAAUGAGAAGGCGGAAGCUCUACAAGAAGAGGUAGAAGAGCUGCUUCGUCUUCCAACUGAUGUCCCAGCUCUAAUCAUGGAAACAGCAAGCACUAAAUGAAUGGAUCUGCCUGGUCUCCUACAUAACCCUAUCUGAGGGAAGCGUAGAAUAGAGGGGGAUGCUGGGUUUCAUUUUUUUCAAAUUGAUAAUUUUAUGCAAAAACUGUAUAAAUGCUACAAGAAAGUUCUGGGCCGCCAUCUUUUCCGGUAUGGGCAUGUAUAAGAGGGAGAGCUGUGAAUUGCUGAGUGCGGGCGAGAUGAACGGAAGUCAGACUUUCUCUAGGAGUCCUGCCAGCAUUUUUAUAGCUUUUAGAUGAAAUUAGUUAAUUAAAUCAUAGAAAACUACAUACCCCUGAACUUGGCAUUUCCUUCUCUAUCCUAUAUUUGCCCCCAUACAGGGUAGCAUAGGAAAACUGACAGAUCCACUAAAAAAAUGUCAAGUAGAGACAAUUUAAUUGCAUACUAGAGAAAUGUAAUGCAUAUGAACUGUAAAAAUGUACUUUAUUUUUUAACAAUUUGUGUAUUUCUAUUUGUCCUGCACUUUUUUGUACUACAUGCAAUUUGUUGGUUAGCAAGAAAUGACUGUGGUGAACUAUUAUUUGAAACUAUUGGCAAAAUCAAUGGAGUCAUAAGUUGCUGUACGUUUAAGGCAACCUGUCCCCAGCAACCUAUCCAUCUGUUGCCACUUUUAAUUAAUAUGCAAAUUAGGCCCUUAGUGCAAUUAGGGCAUCAGUAUUGCUCUUGAUGCACCCAAGCUCCACUCCUU